GCAGAUGACUUCAAAAUGAAGUAUGAAAACGAGGUGUUCCUCCGCCAGAGCGUUGAGGCAGACAUCAAUGGUCUGCGCAAAGUCCUUGAUGAACUGACUCUGUCCAGGAGCGACCUAGAAAUGCAGAUUGAGACCCUGACUGAAGAGCUGGCUUACCUCAAGAAGAACCAUGAAGAGGAAAUGAAAAGUUUGCAAGGCGCGACCUCCGGGAAAGUCAACGUUGAAAUGAACGCUGCCCCAGGAAUUGACCUAACUACCCUCUUGAACAAGAUGAGAGCAGAGUAUGAGGCUCUGGCAGAGCAGAAUCGCAAAGAUGCUGAAACCUGGUUCGCCGAAAAGAGUAAGGAACUGAACGUGAUGAUCAACGUGAGUGCCAAGGAGACCAGCACCAACAAGAAUGAGAUCACAGAUUUGAAACGCACCCUUCAGGCUUUGGAGAUAGACCUGACAUCUCAACUUGCUUUGAGGCAAUCGCUGGAAGCCACCUUGGCGGAGACAGAAGGCCACUACUGUGCCCAGAUCUCCCAAAUGCAAGGGUUGAUUGGCAACGUGGAGAGCCAAGUACAACAAAUCAGGGAGGACAUGGAAUGCCAAAAUGCAGACUACAGGCAGCUGCUGGAUAUCAAGAUCCGCCUUGAGAAUGAGAUUGAGACUUACCGGCAUCUGAUCGAUGGAGGAGUAAGUGCAUCUGGACACGGAGGUAGCAAAGAUCUGGGAUCAAAAAAUGUGGGGUCUGCAACAGGUGCAGGAUUAAGAGGCUCAGAAUCUGGUGCAAGAGGCACUGGAUCUGGCACAGACUCCGGUGGCAGAGGAACUGCAGGUGGGAACACGCAUUCUGCAUCCAGAGAAAAAGCCUUAAAAGCCCACCAGCUCGAUGCACUCUUUCUAAUCCGCUUGCCUUGCUUGUUUCACGGGACAGGACCUUCCUCUUGCUCAGACACCAUGGCUCUCUCUGUCCACACUGGCUCUUCCCGACAGCUCUCCUCGUACAGUGUUGGUGGCGGGGGCGGUGGAGGGUCUGUCAGACUGUCUAGCGGCGUAGGAUUUAGUGGCGGCUCCAAAUUUGCCGGAGGUUACUCAACAGGUGGUUAUGGAGGAGGAAGCCUUAGUGGAGGAUAUGGAAUGGGCUUGGGUGCAGGUCUGGGGGGUGGGUACGGAGGGGGCUUGGGUGGCGGUUUUGGGGGCGGCGGUGGUUUUGGGGGUGGCGUUGGCAGCGGCGGCUUUGCGAGCGGCUUUGCGAGCGGCAUGGGCGGCAUGGGCGGCGGCUUUGGGGGAGGGGAUGGGGGUCUCCUGAGUGGCGAUGAGAAGCAGACCAUGCAGAAUCUCAACGACCGCCUUGCGAACUACCUGGGCAAAGUCCACGCUCUCGAGGAGGCCAAUACAGAGCUUGAGCACAAGAUCAAGGAAUGGUAUGCAAAGCACAGCACUCCAGAGACCAACCGAGACUACAGCAAAUAUUUUAGCAUCAUCGAAGAUCUUCGGAACCAAAUUGUUAGAAACACCAUUGAGAACGCUGGGGUCGUUCUGCAAAUCGACAAUGCUCGGCUGGCUGCUGAUGAUUUCAAACUUAAGUAUGAGAACGAAUUGUUCCUGCACCAGAGUGUGGAGAGUGACAUCAAUGGCCUGAGGAGAGUCCUGGAUGACUUGACCAUGACUAGGUCCGACCUCGAGUUGCAGAUCGAAGGGUUGAAUGAGGAGCUUGCCUACCUCAAGAAGAAUCAUGAAGAGGAACUGAUGAGCUUCCGAGGGGUAACCAGCGGAGACGUCAGCGUCGAAAUGGACGCCGCUCCCGGAAUUGAUCUGACCAAGCUGCUGAACGAGAUGAGAGCCCAGUAUGAAGAGCUCGCGGACAAGAACAGGAGAGAGGCAGAAGAGCAGUUCAACAAGCAGGUUGGAGCUCUGAGGCAGGAGAUAUCGGCCAACGUGGACCAGCUGAGCACAGGCAAGAGUGAAGUUACGGAUCUGAGGCGCACACUGCAAGGCCUGGAGCUGGAACUGCAGGCUCAGCUUGCCAUGAAACAAUCCCUGGAAGGCACUUUGGCGGAAACAGAACGAAAUUACUGUGACCAGCUCGCGCAAUUACAGGGUCAGAUUGGUGGCUUAGAGGAACAGCUUCUGCAGAUUCGGGCUGAGAUGGAGAACCAGAAUGCAGAAUAUCAGCAGCUGUUAGGCAUCAAGACACGCCUGGAGCAGGAGAUAGAGACCUACCGCCGCCUACUGGACGGAGAAGGGGGUGGUUUUGGGUCUUACGGAUCUUCGAGCCACAGUAGUUCGAUGAGUUACGGAGGCUCUGGCAAAGAGUCAACAAAAACCAGAAUGGUGAAGACGAUUGUGGAAGAAAUGGUUGAUGGCAGAGUCGUUUCGUCCCAGGUCAAAUCGGUCGAAGAGAAGCCAACUAAAUAACUAUCAAGAAUCCAUUUUUACCAUGUCCUGGCAGAGCAGCAAGAAAGGAAGCCUUCAAGAGAAAUCAUUUCUUCUUUAGAAAAGCCUAUUUCUAGAAGUUCCUCACUCCUUUCCUCUUUUUUUAAAGCAAAUCAUCAAAGUGCAUUCUGAAAUCUUGAUUUCUUUUAGCUGUGGGUAGUUCAAUAAACCUUUUUUUACUGUUUGCAUAUCAUA